AAAGUUAAAAAAAUAAAAUAAAAUAAAAUAAUAAUAAUAAAAAGCACCCAAAUUAUGGAAAACAUGUCCUAAUUUUUUUAUUGCUAAAAAACAAUUCUUUCUCCGUCCAAAAGAAUAAAAAUAUAUAACAUCUCUUUAUUCUAUUCCUAAAAUAUUUUUAUUCUAAAUUUUUAUCCUCUCUGCAUUCCAUAUAAGACACAUACAUACAGUUACAAGUAUUGGCGUCUUCGUACUCUGCAAGGUCAAACCGAAGAUGGCGUGCAAAACUAUGGAGCGAAGGAGAGUGAACUGGUGCGAGCUUCCGCCGGAGCUAUUCUCGAUGAUCUGCCACUACCUCGACGCACCGGUUGACAUUCUCCGAUUCCGCAGUGUAUGUAAUACGUGGCGUGCCUCAUUCCCUCCAUUUCAAUAUGGGACUCUUCCUCCUUUACCCCUCAAAUUCCCCUGCCCAUUUGCCACCGGAAAAGACGCUUUUCUCUCUGAAACCACCAUCUAUCGUCUGGAGCCUUCCAAUGGUAACUCAGAUCCUUCUUCUUCAACCACCCUUCCUUCAAAGUCCUGUUUGGUCAAAAUUGAAGACACCCAUUCUGGAGAGUUGUUCUCCAUUCGCCGUGUCGAAGAACCCAAUUGUCCUUUUCCAAAGGAUUUGAGUUUGUUGGACUUUCGGCUGGUGAAAUUAGGCAAAUCUUAUGGACUCGACUACCUGAGUUACAUUUACCCCGUAAGUGGUGUUACUAAAGUAAUUCGAUACCCUGAUACAUCAUCACCAUCAUCAGCAUCAGCAAAUUACGCUGAAGUAAAAUUUUCAAUUUUCGUAAUUUACGACGGAGGGAAACUGGGUUACGCCAAAUCUGGGCAUCGAGCACUGACCCACAUCGAUGUUCAUGAUCGGAUUACUGAUUACCACGAUAUUAUUGUCCAUAAAGGAAAAGCAUAUGUCGUAGACAAGUGGGGAACAAUUUCAUGCAUUAACGACUCGUCGUUGGAGUUGACCCAAGUUUCACCGCCAUCUUCUUCGAUUGGUUUGCAAUUGGGUGGUCGAAAACAUUUGGUAGAGUCGUGCGGAGAGCUUUACUUAGUUGAUAGAUACUUCGAUCCUUAUGACGAUACGAAGGCAAACCACCAACGUCCUCAUGUUCCUUAUCUUGGUCGUAUUAUUCGUAAUGGAAUAGUUAACCCAGUAGUGGUCCGCAGAAAUAUAAUUCGUGGGAAAACCAUUGGUUUCAAAGCUUAUAAGCUGGGAAAUGAUUGGGGCAAUUGGGUGGAGGUGACAAACUUGGGUGAUCGGGCAUUUAUAUUGAAUGAUGAUAUUGCUUUCUCUGUUUCAGCUUCUGAAUUUGAUGGAUGCAGAGGGAAUUGCAUCUAUUUCAAGGAUAGGAAUAAAAGUAAUUUAUUCGCAUUUGGUCGGAAUGUUUCUGUCUUUAAUUUAGAGGAUCGUAGCAUUAGUAAAGUUCGGUGGUCCAAACGUAUUCGAUACUCUAAUAUGCAUCUCAAUAGAAAGCUAUGGAUAUUGGACUGUUCAAAUUCCUCCGAAGAAACUGCCUGUGUCAAAGGAAGAGAAUGAGGGCGUUCAAAAACAAUGGAGAGCAGUACAAGGAAUUGAAGCGAGAUUCCGGCGGAGCUACUAGAAGUAAUAAGCAACCGCCUCGAUGCUCCGAUUCCGCAAUGUCUGUAAAUCAUGGCAUGCAGCUUUUCCUCCAUUUCAAUUUCGGAAAGCUCCUCCCUUGCUGAUCAAAUUUCCUUGCCCUUUUCCAUUGGACAAUACUGUUAUGUACGUGCAUGCUGCAUGCAAGGCACAUAAAGGAAUGGUCUGUUUGGUAGUUAGGAGAGACUUGGUCUUUGGACUUAGUCUUAGUUGGUUAAUUUGUUUUGAUAUUUUGCUAUCAUUUCUGAUUUGUUAGCCACCAGGAAAGUGGAUAGAUUGCCACUAGAAAGGUGGGGUAGUUUUCCCUAGUUUAAUGAUAGGUUGUUAAUAUGUUUUGUAUUUAAGUUGUUUCAGGAUGAAUAAACGGCAUGCAAGUUA